AUGGCAAAACUCACUGAUGAUGCCGACUACGUUGCUGGCCAAACGAUUGAGAAUGUACCAAGUCCACUGUCUGUUGCUGGGACUCAUGACAACUACUAUGGCAGACGAUUUCGGACUAGGUGCGUUAUACUAAGUCGCCCUGACAACAAGACCAAGUUGCGACGACGUAAUCAACCCACUUCUAUCCUUGCCGAGUUGCCAAACCGCAAAGCAAUCGUCCAGACAGUUAACUAA